AUGCACCCACUGCUGGAACUUCCACCCACCAACUCGCUGUAUCGCUACAAAAAAGUCUGCGUGCGUUGUGGCGUUAAAGACGACGCACACAAUACCGAUAGCUGUGAUAACAAGACAAAAUGUGCCAACUGCUAUGGUGCGCAUAAAGCCAACUACCAGAACUGCUACGCUCGCCCACAGAAACUCCGCGGUAGCUUCCAGAAACUCUCGAAGACUCAGCUUCUCUAUGCUAGAGAAUUAGGACAAAAGGACUUUGAGCGGAAGAACAACAAGCAGCUAACUAGCACUAGUCCCCCUAUAGAUGACGACCGGGGCGAUGAAGACGCCUGCCCUACACAAGACGUUGAAAUAAGUGGUAUGGAGCCGUUUUUGACGCCGGAAACAAACCCAGUAAAUGGCAAAGGUCACGAGGAGAGAAACAGGGAGGAAGAUACCACAGAAGAAAGAGAGGAAGAAGAGGACGAUGAAGACGACGAGACUGAAGAAGAAGAGGAAGCACAGGAGGAGGAGGAAGUAGUGGACGCAGGAGAAGAAGAGAGAUAA